GGCAGGACGAGAGCGAAACACGACACCCCGCCGGAGGAAGGGGGGCUGAGAGAGAACUGUGCGAGCGAGCGAGUGGAAAAAGAAAAGUCCGACUCGGAUAAAGAAGCGGCCAGUGAAGGAGGAGAGUUGGCUUCUCUACUUUUGUUCCACCGUUUCCACCGCCAGCGAGCACAAGGAUGUCGGGGACCAGUCCACCCAGCGACGGCGCUUCAACUGCCGGGAGAGCAGUGUAGACUCCCCGCAUUCCGCUGCUCCGCCGCGCGACGACGGCGGCGCGACUCUUCAAAGUUUGGGCUGUUGACUUUUCUACUCUCGGGGAGCUUUUUGUCCUGCGAUUCCUCCUGGAAAGUGGACUUUAAUCGAGUUUAGAAGAAGCGGGUCAAGUUUUCAAGAGCAGCCGGGACACUUUCGGAGAACAACGGCAGCGGCUGAGGAGCGGGCGACGCGGCUAAAGCUCGCCUGCUAACUCAACUUGAAGUUACGAGUCCACCCGGAAAAGAGACGGAAGAAACGGCGUUGGAGAAAACCGCAGCGAAAAUGAAAACCCCGACAGAUUCGGGGUUCGCCUUCCCGGAGUGGGCCUACAAACCAGAGUCCAGCCCCGGUUCCCGGCAGAUCCAGCUCUGGCACUUCAUCCUGGAGCUGUUGAGAAAAGAGGAGUACCAUGAUGUCAUCGCCUGGCAGGGAGACUAUGGAGAGUUUGUCAUCAAGGACCCAGACGAGGUGGCUCGACUGUGGGGGGCCCGCAAGUGCAAACCUCAGAUGAACUACGACAAACUCAGCCGUGCACUGAGAUACUACUACAACAAGAGGAUCCUCCACAAGACCAAAGGAAAAAGAUUCACGUACAAGUUCAACUUCAACAAGCUGGUGCUGGUCAACUAUCCGUUCAUCGACAUGGGCUCAGGUCGUGGGGUCCCCCAGAGCGCCCCCCCGGUGCCCACAGGAGGCACCCACUUCCGCUUCCCGCCCUCCACGCCCUCAGACGUCCUGUCGUCCAGCGAGGAGCUGCGCAGCCCGGGCAUGUUCAGCAGCGUGACCCGCCGAAUGGCCCGCGGAUCCGUGAGCGACUGCAGCGACGGCACCUCCACCAAUUCCGAGCUGGAGGAGGCGGUGGGGGCCGAGGACCGGGGGCUGGGCUCUGACCGAGCCUUCAGGGGGCUGCUGCCGCCACGCAUGCCUCACGAUUCCCUCUUCAGGGUCUUCGGCGGAGCCCCCAACCCCGCGGGGCUUCCCAGACCGGGACAUCGGGUCCACCCCGAGUCGCUGUCUCCUUUCCCGGUCUCCCCGCUUCCUGGCCCGGGGGGUCUGCUGGCUCCUGCUCUGUCUCCAGCGCUGACCAUGACCCCGACCCCACACCUUCCGUACACACCGUCCCCCUCUUUGUCCUCCCCCAUGAUGGGCUCCCACUUCUCCUUCAACCCGGAGGACAUGAAGCACUACCUGCAGGCCCAUAAGCAGUCGGUCUACAACUACCACCUGAGCCCGCGGGCCUUCCUGCACUACCCCAACAUCAUCAUCCCGCAGCCGCACCGCCCCACGCCCGAGAAGCCUGCCGCCCAUCACCUGCAUGCCCCGCCUCUGUCACUCCCUCACUCGCUGGGCCCGCAGGCGGGGCCGGGCGAGGAGCUUCACCCGUCGCCGUUCAAGUUCAAGCUGCAGCCGCCGCCUCUCGGCCGCAAGCAGAGAGAUGGAGGAAGCUCGGCGGCCGCCGCAUCCUCUUCUGGCCAGGCGGCCAUGUUCGCAGCAUCCAAUCCAGCUGCGGUGCCCCCGAAAAUCAAGGUGGAGCCGAUAUCAGACAUCGAGUCAGAGGAGGAGGUGGAGGUCACCGACAUCAGCGAGGAGGAAGACCUCAGUCACAUGGAGGAUGAUGAAGAAGGCGACAUCUUCACCCCCCUGGCUCCGCCUCCUCAUCAUCACCAGCAGCUCCGCACUCAUUACCAGGUGAACGGGACCAGCCCCCCCGCCCCUCCCACUGACGAAGACCCCGACGACGACGUGUUCAAGACCCCGGCCACCCCGCCGGUGGGCGCCGGCACGGCCUUCCCACUGCUCAGCCUGAAGAGCGAGCCGGGACAGCAGGGUCCCGCCGGUCCGGUCAGUCCAGGAGGAACCCGCUGUAUCCCGCUGAAGCUCCGCUUCAAACGCCGCUGGAGCGAGGACCAGAAGAUGGAGGCGGACGGGGAACGUGACGGUGAAGCCGAGGACAAGAAGGUCCGCGCUGAGGAGGAGGAGGAGGACGAGGGGAGGAAGGAGCGGAUGGUGAUGGCGCUGCCUCCGCCAACCCAGCGCAGAGCCAGUGCCGAGCUGCAGAGGGCGACUGCACAGCUUUCCCUGGAGACCAGCGGCUGCUGAGACUGGUGCGCGGUGGUGACGUAGAUCAUGGUGCCGGCUUAUUUUGAACAGAACCCAGCCGCUCCAUCAUUCCUGAAAUCUCAAGCAACUUGUGAGAGGAACGAAAGUGACCAGGACAUUUCUGUACAUUUUUAAUCUGCUUGUUUCUUGGCUUUCACUCGAAGACUUGCGAGUUAGCCGAAGUGCUAAUGGAAUCUGGCGGCGUCUCGUCCCUUGAGCUCGCUGGCGCUAUGAUCUGCGUCACGUUGGUGUGCUGACGGAAGAGGAGUCACCGGAUCAAACCUUUUAGACUGAAUGUCACAAACUCAACACUAAAGUGCCGCCGUCCGUCCGCGGCGUCACGUGGACCGCGUCACCGUCGGGAACAGGAAGUUGGUUUCUAAACAUAUUUCUGAAGGCUGAUAGAGAUUACUGAAGUGCCUCGCUGUCUGGACACUUGUUUACAAGAUGGAGGCGACCUUCAUCGGACCAAAGCGUCCACGAAACGCCGGACUGAAGAACUUGCAGUCUCUCUCGGCAGCGACGGCUGUCAAAGUAAAAGCUCGGUUUUCUUGUUUACUCCCAAAAAAGCACGAGGUCCGUCAGAGCUGCGCGACGUCAGGAGGAUGUGAGUCACUGUGAUGGUAGGCAGAGUUUAGUCCGCUCAAGAGAGAUGCGACAACAUCUGCCAUUUUGAAUCUCACCUGCUCCUGUCAUGGUUUUAACAGCACAAACCUGGAGUCUGCCACGGCGAGCUUUACAUGUAACCGCUGAAUUAGCUUUAUAUCCCAGCGCAGUCUUUCACUUCCUGACGUGGCGCCGCUCUGACAGGGAAGUUACGCGUCGCACAGACGCAACAUCCGCUCGUCUCCUGAACCACGACGCACAAUCUCGGAGAGGUUUUGUGGGCAUUCACCGCCUCCCCUCCCCUCCCUCCUUCACUCUCUCCUGCAUUCCUGCUUUUAUGAAAGUUCUGUGUCCAUGCCUCAGAAGAGCGGUUCCGGGGCAUCUGGUGGGAGCCGCGUCUACGUACUGAAUGUGAACUCAGGCAGAAACCCUCAGUGAAAAAGUGUAUUUUUUUGUCAAGUAUUUUAACACGAUGAGACGCCAGUGUUUCUCAAUCAUCACCGUGCCUUCGUCCAAAGUUUAACCCCCGCGCAAAGACAUGCCUUCUGCUUUUGUAAGAGAAUGAGUCUACACAAAUCUAUUUUAUUCAAGUAUAUAUUGAAUUCAAAUCUUAUAUUUCAGACAUUUGAUACAAAAAUCGUUGGGGGGGAAAGUCCUGCUAUUUUUAGAUGUUUGUACAUAACCUGUCAGUACCUGUUGGCCUUCUCACCUUCGCGACCUUGCUGUGGGUCUGGGAGGGAAGCGAAGCAGGUCUGGGCUCGGACAGAGAGUCACGUGACGGGUGGUGAGUCGAGGGAAGUUUGGAAGCUUCCAAGUCGAUGUUUCUCUGCGAAGCGUGGGGAGUUUUUCUCGCUCGGGCAACUUCAGACAAAGUCAUGUGGUCAAGUUAUCUCACGAUCUGCAACUGCUUUUUGAGUUAUUUUUUUGUAUUUUUACCACGAACCGGCCAUCGUUUUGAACCCUGCUAUAUGAGAAGCACCUGAGCGAGGCCGAACCCAGAUCUGCUCAGAAGCGGGUUGCAGGUUUUUUUUUCCUCUGUGUGCCCACACACUUUGCUGUAGCAAGGAACCAUGACUUCACUUGUGACGUCACUCGCCCACGCACUCUCCCGGGGGCCACAUGGAACAACCGUAGAAACUACACGCAGACAGGAAAUGACAUCACGCUCGCUCGGAGAGUCUGGGACUUCCCGAGCGCACUUUUUUUUUCACGUCUAAUAUUUCACACAUGUAGCAUCAUAGCUCCUCCCCCGCCCUUCACCUCCGUCGGGUCGAUGUAUUCCAUGUCCUCCUUGUAUACCUUUUUUUUGUAAUUCUCUUAUUACUGUUGCUACCAGCUGACUCGCCUCUUCAGGUCAUCUUUUGCACUCGUCUUUUCUUCCUUUUUUUUGUACCAAGAACAACCGGAAGUUUGUUUCCUCUGCGGUCAGGGGAACAGCCUUUUUGUUUUUCCAUGUCCUGUACAUAUAUAACCCCCCCUCCCCCCACCCCACCUUUUUUUAUUUCGCAUCCUGUCAGAAGAGAAGAGUAAUGUUUUUAUAUCAUUUGACCUGUCUGUCUUCUCUUGGCUUCUUCGCCUGUCUCACCGCUGUUAAUCAAACGAGACGGUUAUUUUGUGUAUUCAGUUUCCGUUUUUACUUGUUCAUCUUCAUUUGUAAUUAAACAAUAAUCAGGGUUCAUUAAAUAAAAGGUCAAAAUUGGCUCGGGUCGCUGUCCUUUCUGUUGAAUUGGAAGCCCUGGACGUGUGAGAGAUCGUGUCGGAGAUGGAAUUGAAGACUUUUUGUCGGUUCUCCUCAGUGGAUGUCGGAGCACAUCCUCCUCCUCCACCUGUCUCCAGCGCCUUCUAGUGACCCUGUCACGUCCUCCUUCCUCCUGAACCUCUUCGGUUCUCUUCCUCAUCAUCAUGUCCACCGCGCUUGGUCCAACACUGUCUCUCCUCUCCCCAACCAUCUGAAACGUAGACUCCGAUCAAGUCCAAGAGUCACGUCUCUGACUUUCUUUGACUCCGGAGUCUCUAAACUGGAGAGUAUCAACCUGUUCAGUUCGCUGGUGACCUCCAGGUCAGGUCACCUGUCCGCCACAGGUCCACAUGUUGACAGGCAACCACGCACACGCCCACAUCAAUUGGCCUGCCGUGUAUUUGGACUGUGGGAAGAAGCCCACGCGAGGCGUCGUUUUUAAUGCGCCUCCGCUGCAUCAACUGCUCGGCAUCUGGCUCCCUCUAGCGGGCGUCAGUGGCAUCAUCGUUGUUUACGUUCGACACCAGAUACAUACGUGCGAGUGUGCGUUGAUCAGCCGUCGCUUGGUUGGUUUGGAAAGUUCUGGAAAUAUGAGUGGAUGUUUGACCUUAAACUAUCCACUGCAUUAGCACCUGAAAAUGGUGUUUUCUCCGCCGCAACUUCACUCUUUAAUAUUUGCACCUACACCUCCUAAUCCCAUAAAUUAUCGUCAUGUACCACCAGUGUCUGUGUUGGUACAUGUCAAGUCGUUUCAGUGCCGCUGUCCAGGCAGCGAGCGACUGAAGUUUCUCCACUGAGGGAUGAGGCAAAUCUAAACCAAGAACUGUCUAGUUUUUGUAGUUAAAAUGACAGUGGUGGCUGAGCAUCAAGCACAAAGAAGAAGUGACACACAAUUAGCACACAAUGAGAAGCGAGGGAAAGUGAUUGACAGACGCUCGGGCUCCAGCUGAGACUGAGGUCAGAGGUCACGACCCCCCUUCUUACACCCGUCACGGGGACACCCCGACCUCUGUCCAACUCCAAAUGUCACAGAUCAAGACUGACAGGUUGGAAAUCACUUUGUGUUUCGGCGUGUCCAAAAAUACUAAACACAUGACGCCAUUAACAGCCGAGUCACUGGUGCGUAUCCCCGCGUAUUCGUACGCUUCUCUGCUUAUCAAGUAAGAGCUUUAUUACAACGACAAUGUUUAAAAUAAAUACAGUUUCACACGUGAAAUUGAGCUGUUUCAUGUGGACAAUACUGCGGUACUUACGGCUUUGUGUAUUUCUAUUCUUGUUUGUUUUUUUUUUUGGCUGAUGGUGUUUGCUUUUCAAAUGCUCGGAUUGACUAUUAAACGUUAUAACGUGUUCUAAGGCGUUUAUCUCGCCUUAAAUGAGCGAUAACAUGGCGCCAUCUGCUGGGCGUUUAA